GGAGACUUGUAAGAUGUCUCUCUGAAUAAAGACGUCAAAGUGCGAAGCGACUUCUUGAGCAUCCAGGCGGAGCGCUAGGGAAUGGGAGGAAUGCCUGCCCAAAUACCAGGACUGGAGAAUAUGGAUGAAGAUCGAUUAAUUGACGACGUUUUGGAUAGAUCUGUUAAAUGUCAUGAGCAAACAUAUGAAGAAUUUCUGAGCACUUUUACUCAUCUUUCAAAAGAGGAUAAUGGGACCCAAAAAGGAGCAGUUGGAACUGAUUCUUCAGAAAAUGCAUUUACCUCAAUAGAACUGACUCCGAUAAUGGAACAAAGUGCCCUUCAUCUCAGAAACAAAGCUGUCUCUCUUCACCCGUCAUCACAAAGUCCCGAGGAAGAGCAGAUCUUGCUGGACGAAGGCCAAAAAGCUGGCAGUUCUUGCCAAGGUGAACUGAAUCGUCCAGGGAAGGUGAAGGUAGACAGCUUCCUAGAUUUAGAAGACUUGGACAUGGAUGAAGAUACUCAGCCCCAGAUGAGCAGGGAUUUGCUGCUGCUUCCAGGAGAAGUGGAGCAGGACUUGGGCCCCCGCGCUCCUUCUUACAUUCCUUCCACAAACCAGCUUGUUACCCCUGAGGUGCAACCAAGGCCCACCGCCUGCAGAGCCGGCACACCCAUGGAAGAGCUUCUUGGAGAUGAGGUUCAGCCCUUCUCGCUUGAUGAAGAAUUUGAUUACGACAGUGUCACCCUAACCCCCAAGUUCACUGCUGCAGAAAUGGACACCAUCAAAGAGCGGUCCCAGCAAAAGAGUGAGAACACCAGCCCAGACUUGGAGCAGCCCGCAGACUGACCACCUGAGCCAUCUCUGCGUUUGUUUGUAUUGGGAUCUUACUCGAGAAGAAUGAGAGUAAACAGACACCUGUGA